GGGGGGCAGCGGCGGAUGGACUCGCGGGUGUCCGAGCUGUUCGGCGGCUGCUGCCGGCCUGCUGGAGGUCCCCCGGGCAGUGGCGGUGGCGCGGUCGGUGGUAGCAGCGGCGGCGGCAGCGGCGGCGGCGGCGGCGGCGGCGGCGGCCUCAAGACCAGAGGCGGCUGCAGCGGCGGCGGGGCCCCGAAGGGGAAGAAGAAGAGCGGAAGGAACCGAGGGGGCAAAGCCAACAAUCCCCCCUAUCUGCCCCCUGAGGCUGAGGAUGGAAACAUUGAGUACAAGUUGAAGCUGGUAAACCCAUCCCAGUACCGCUUUGAGCAUUUGGUGACACAGAUGAAAUGGCGGCUCCAAGAAGGCCGGGGAGAGGCUGUCUAUCAGAUUGGGGUGGAGGACAAUGGGCUAUUAGUGGGGCUGGCUGAUGAGGAGAUGCGGGCAUCCCUCAAGACCCUGCACCGGAUGGCUGAGAAGGUGGGGGCAGACAUCACAGUUCUCCGGGAGCGAGAGGUGGAUUACGAUAGCGAUGUUCCUCGAAAGAUCACUGAGGUGUUGGUGCGCAAGGUCCCUGACAACCAGCAGUUCUUGGACCUUCGAGUGGCUGUCCUUGGCAAUGUGGACUCUGGGAAGUCAACUCUCCUAGGGGUGCUGACCCAGGGGGAGCUAGACAAUGGGCGGGGCAGAGCCCGGCUCAAUCUCUUCCGUCAUCUGCAUGAGAUCCAAUCUGGUCGUACUUCCAGCAUCAGCUUUGAGAUCCUUGGCUUUAACAGCAGGGGUGAGGUGGUGAACUACAGUGACUCCAGGACGGCAGAGCAGAUCUGUGAGAGCAGCUCCAAGAUGAUCACCUUCAUUGACCUGGCAGGACACCACAAAUACCUACGCACAACCAUCUUUGGUUUGACCUCCUACUGUCCUGACUGUGCCCUGCUUCUAGUCAGUGCAAAUACUGGCAUUGCGGGUACUACACGGGAGCAUCUGGGGCUGGCCCUCGCCCUAAAAGUGCCAUUCUUCAUUGUUGUCAGCAAGGUGGACCUAUGCUCAAAGGCCACAGUGGAAAGGACAGUACGCCAGCUGGAAAGGGUCCUUAAACAGCCUGGCUGCCACAAACUCCCCUUGUUGGUCACUUCUGAUGAUGAUGCUGUCACUGCUGCCCAACAGUUUGCCCAGUCACCCAAUGUCACCCCCAUUUUCACAUUGUCUAGUGUGUCUGGGGAAAGCCUGGACCUACUCAAAGUCUUUCUCAACAUCUUACCGCCACUCACCAAUAGCAAAGAACAGGAAGAGCUCAUGCAGCAACUGACUGAGUUCCAGGUGGAUGAAAUCUACACGGUGCCAGAGGUGGGGACUGUUGUUGGAGGGACACUUUCCAGUGGAAUCUGUCGUGAGGGGGAUCAGCUGGUGGUAGGUCCUACAGAUGAUGGACGCUUCCUGGAGCUGAAGGUGUGCAGCAUCCAACGCAACCGGUCAGCCUGCCGAGUACUUCGAGCUGGUCAGGCAGCUACACUGGCCCUUGGUGACUUUGACCGAGCUCUUCUUCGAAAGGGCAUGGUAAUGGUGAGCCCUGAGAUGAACCCCACUAUCUGCUCAGUGUUCGAGGCAGAGAUUGUCCUACUGUUCCAUGCCACCACCUUCCGGCGUGGCUUCCAGGUGACUGUGCACGUGGGCAACGUGCGGCAGACGGCUGUAGUGGAAAAGAUCCACGCCAAGGACAAACUGCGGACUGGGGAGAAGGCGGUAGUGCGCUUCCGCUUCCUGAAACACCCAGAGUAUUUGAAGGUGGGUGCCAAGUUGCUGUUCCGGGAGGGUGUCACCAAAGGCAUCGGCCAUGUCACCGACGUGCAGGCUAUCGCAGCAGGAGAGGCCCAGGCCAGGUUGGGCUUCUGAACUACCCUAGGCAAGGGGCAUCUUCAUUGCUGUCCCUACAAUAUACAAGGUGACUUCAGACCACGCUGCCCCCAGUGGCAGCUCUGUGUGUUAAUAGCCUGGGGGAGGGGGCAUUCCCUGCCAGUUGCCUCUCCCAGUACUCCUGAAGUGGUGCCCGACUUGGGGUGACUAGGGGAAGGAGAAUCCUGUGAAAGAAGACAGGAAAACUCAGGGUAUUGGCUUAGGGCCGUGCCCCAGGCUUGGUUCCUCCAACUCCGGCUAAUCCAUGGCUCUUCUUCUGGGGCCUUAAAAGAGGCCAUUCUGGCCACUUUCAGCCAUACCCUUUCAGUGAUUUUGGACUGGGGCUAAUCUCCCAGUAUGAUCUGGGCUUCUUAGAAACAGUUGCAGCUUGGGGUGAUUCUCAGGAAGAACCUCAUUUUCUAGCCUUCAGGGCUAUAUAAAUUUCUUAAUAGAGGCCAUUUCCAUCUGACUGUGGACAAAAGAUAUGUCCCCUUGUCUGCCUGGAGCCCAAGGUUCAAAUGGAAGGAGUGGCAUGUGAGUAAUGAACUUAACUUCUCACACUUUGUGCCAGGGCCUAAUGGUCCAUCCCCAGCUUCCUCUUGUUCCCUGUUUUAGGGACUUCCAUUACUCCAUCCUCAUCCCCCACAAGCCUCACAGGUGCUAUUUAUUAGGCUGGUCCAGGGCUUGACAUACUAAGGGUCAGCUGCAUGUCAGUCAUGGUCUUGUCCUCUCUUCCCUCUGAAGAUUGUUUUUUUGGUGGUUUUUUUUUUUUUUUUUUUUUUGUUAUGAAUCAGACACACAUUUUACUUUAUAGAAAUGGGUGACUGGGUACUGGGAGUUCUAGUUCCCUUACCAGUCUUUACCCUUCCUGCUUCCAAGAAGCCCCAUCACCCAUUGUUCUGUUUGUUUGCAGUGAUUCUAUCCUGCCCAUUGUUGCAGGUAACCUUCCCUGCCCCUCAAAAAAAUGGAGGAGUGUUCACGUCCCCUAGGUUAGCAAAGGGACUUCCUCCUUCCCCAUGUUGAUGUCCUGGGUUCCCAUGGGCUCAGAGAUCAUUUGUUGUUUGAUUUCUCUGCAUCUCUCUAUAUAUACACAUAUACAUAUGUAUAUAUAUAUAUUGUACAGAAUAAAUAUGUUUUAUUGAA